AUGCUUUCCUGGAUUACGGGCUCUACGGGCCUUGAAGAAGCUGAAGAUGCCUUCCCUGAGGCGCCAGAGACGCCGGCCCAUGUUUUUGCAGCACGCGCAUUCAAGCAUGCCAUCUUCGGCACCCCUGCUCCACCCAACGAGGCAAACUACGUACAAGAAACUGUAACUAGACAGUCUGUCGAACUCGAUUCCAAGCCUCGUACUAUGACUCUGGAAAUGCCUACACGAUCGAAAGACGAUACGGAUGCGAUCACUCUCCCCUCGGCACCUGGGCUGUCACCCUCGAAACCUAAUGGCAUCCUCAUGACUCCCGGAACUACCAGACGAAACAAGACUGUGUCCUUUGGAGCUCAGGUCGUGGACAAUGAGUCGAAGAAACAGGACAGGACUGGUCUACCUAGCGCUUUCCCUGGCGAUGGCCUCACUCAGUCAGGCUCGACUUCAAACAGAGCACGAACAAAACUCACUGCCCAACUCCAAGAGGUUCGCGACUCGGCGCAAAAGGGCAAGACACAUCAGAGCCAGAGAGCAAAAGACGACACCGACCUGACCAUGGACUAUAUGGAGCCCCGGUCACAAUCAGGAAAAUACUGGAAGAGANNGAGUACGAAGCAUACGCCGAAAACACUCAGCGCGAGAUGA